CUUUCUCGAAAGCUCCGCGAGAUGGUGCUCGCCGCGCCAACGUUCCACCCAGCUUUUAUGUCGGCUCUCUUCCUUUUCACAGCCGUUCUUCGGCAAGUUUGGCUUACUAGGCAAUACGUUGAAAAAAAAUCAUUAGGCGAUUCUAGCGGCGGCAUGAAUGCUUAGCGGGGCAGGACAUCUGAGCGGCUUCCAGCAGCAACGUCUUGAAGGCAGCAAGGACCUACAGUCGUCAUCGUCGCCACCCGGAGGCCAUGUGACUGCCGCUGCAUUUGUGUGGAGUUGGAGCGGAACUUCGUCUCAGUAAAUGGCCCCACCGUCUACGAGGUGACGUCAUAGGAUCACUCGUGGUCGAAAAAAUAGCGUGGUCGAAUCGCUCUUCGCAUCAGCAGCAGAAUAACACUUCAUGGUAGAGCGCUCCGGUGAUGAUCAUAACUUAGGGGCUGGCUGAGAAACUUUCUCCGCCGACUUCAGCUCGCUCGUGGCCCGUGAGUACCAGUGAAACGCAAGCAUACGGUGCCAGGCCGCCGUGUGCAACAGUUCCCAGUGACGACGACUGCCACAUGAGCGACGCGUCAAUGUGAUCACUCGAGUCUGUCUACCAAGCGGCAGAAGAUCCCAAUGAAAUGUUCCAGCGUAGCCUUGGGCCUCGCUGCAGCUCAGCUUGUUGCCGGAUUGGGCCUGGCCGUGCUUCCCAUUCACACAAUGCUCAAGUUGCCGUCGCUUGCCACUAGAGACUGUCCACUGUGGGCCGCUGGACCGUUGCUCUGCGCCGGCAUCAUUGGCACCAUCGCGGUCUACAGCAACACAAAUUACAAAAGCCAGAACAACCGCAAGCCCAUCUUCGUACUCAAGAUAGCCAGUUUCGCCUUGAGCAGCCUCAGUGGCGUGCUUUGCCUGGUGGCUGCUGCUUUCCUGGUGCUGCACGUGCUGCUGUACAUCGAUCGGUACGCGCUGUGCCGCGACGAUCCAGUGCGUCGCCAGUGCCUGUGUUCCCUCGCCGAAGCCUCCACCCGCUUCUACCGAUACGAACGAGUCACGUGCUUGCAGGUUCACAGCACUGUGAAGGGUCUGUUCUACACGACAGCCGCGGUGUCGGUGCUGGGCGGCGUGUGCAGCCUGUGGUACCUGACCCUGUUGUGGAGCAGCCGAUAUGUGUACUUCAACGCAGGACUGCGUCGCACGUUAGGCGACCCGGGAGACCUGGUUGGCGAGCAGUACUCGGCUGCGGACCGCAACGAUGCAGCACCGGACCAGUUAACUGCGUCGUGAACUUCGUCACAUCGUUCUUUUCUGACAUGCCACACAUCAUUGAACAGAGGAUUGUACCGUUGAAGACGUCCGCUAGUUUGAUACAAGUUUUACAAACAUCAUAGCCUCUCCAAAAUGUACAACGCAAUAUGACCACAAUUUUGAGUCAAA